AUGAAUCUACAAAACGCUCAUCUUCAACCGCGCAUUUCCAAGAAAGCCCCCUUUUCAGUGGAGGUCCCUGGCGUUGAGGCGGUGCCGGGAGAGACUAUCCCCCGUCGGCUGCCAGCGGCAAAGGAUGGACUCAUUCUGAUACCUGCGGUGGGUGUCGAAACAACCUACGAUGUCUUCCGCCGUUCUGCGCGCGUGUUCGGUAACACAAAGGCUGUCGCAAGUCGCCGCUUGAUCAAGACUCACGAGGAGAACAAGACGGUCAAGGUGGUCAUUGAUGGCGUCGAAAAUGAGGUCGACAAGAAGUGGACAUACUUUGAGAUGAGCCCUUAUAGCUACAAGAGCUUCGUCGAGUAUGAGCAAAUGGCUCUCCAGCUUGGUGCAGGCCUGAAGAAGCUUGAACUCGAGCCGGGAAACAAAAUCCAUCUUUACGGUGCAACAAGACCGACAUGUAUUAUUAGUGAAAACUGGCUGGCCAUGUCACACGGGGCUGCAUCCCAGUCGUUGACUAUUGUUACCGCCUAUGAUUCACUCGGAGAGGAUGGGUUAAAGCACUCCCUCGUCCAAACAUCCAGCGACGUUAAGUCGAUCAAGCAUAUCAUCUGGAACUCGCACCUGGCACCCGAGCAGGCAGACCUGAAAAGGCUGAAGACUGAGUACGCGGACAUCAAACUUAUCAGCUUCGAGGAUCUCCGGAUGCUGGGUGAACAGAAUCUGGUGGAACCUGUCCCGCCAUCUCCUGAAGAUCUCUGCUGUAUCGUGUACACCUCCGGAUCUAACGGCUUACCAAAGGGUGUUCCUCUUACCCAUAAAAACGUCAUCGCUGUAACCGCCGGCAUCAAUUAA